UGAGACACCAUUUCUGCUUUACUUUUUAUUCCGAAUUUUGGAGUCACAGUCUCUCGACCGCACAGCCAUUGGUUCUCUUCUCCAAUUUCAUGGAAUUGGAUUUGGAUAAUCUGCUUUCUUUGCUUGUUUCUCCCACAUUGUUUCUUGUUUUCUUGCUCAGAAGAUUUUUCGAGCUCCACGACGAUUUCACCAUCUGAUUGCGUGAAGUUUCGUCGCAUUUUUCGAUCAAUUGGCGUUUGCAGAACGAUUUAAGAAAAGGGAGCAGCUGGUUUUUUGAUAUGCUUUAGUGCAAGCCUCAACAGUCUUCACCGUGUUAGUUUCGUCUCUUGCUUCAGUGUAGAGAGCUAGUGCAGUCAAUUUUGUUUCUAGCUGGACGAACUUCACGCGGACUGAGGGAGUGGUGGUUGUGAUUGUUGAUUGAUGGAGUUUUAGCUUAGUUUCAGUGUGUGGAUUUGAGAGGUCUUGUCGGAGAGUGAUCGAGUGACUGAAACGGGUUCAUGAAUGGAAGGUUUUCGUUUCGAAAAUGGAUGAGCUGUUAGAGAUUGAUUAGUGCUUAGAUUUAGAAAUUUGCAAAGGGACGGCAUUUUCUUGUCUAGGAUGGAUUGGAUGGCUCAGGAUCUUAGUAGGACUGGCGCCGGCGAGAGAGAUGUCGAGCAGGCCAUUACUGCUUUGAAGAAAGGAGCCUAUUUGCUCAAGUAUGGGAGAAGGGGGAAGCCAAAGUUUUGUCCUUUCCGCAUUUCCAAUGAUGAGUCUGUUUUGAUAUGGUUCUCGGGGAAAGAGGAGAAGCAUCUUAAGCUCAGCCACGUCUCUAGAAUUAUUUCUGGGCAACGGACUCCAAUCUUUCAUAGAUAUCCACGGCCUGAGAAGGAAUGCCAAUCAUUUUCUCUGAUAUAUAACGAGAGAUCACUUGAUUUGAUAUGCAAAGAUAAAGAUGAAACUGAGGUUUGGUUUAGUGGCUUAAAAACAUUAAUUUCGCGUAUCCAUCAUCGAAAAUGGAGAACUGAAUCACGGAGUGAUGGGAUGCUGUCUGAAGUUAAUAGUCCUAGAACAUUUACUCGAAGAAGUUCUCCCCUGCAUUCCCCAUUUAGCAGCAAUGACAGCUUGCAAAAGGAAGGUGGAGAGCACAUUAGACUUCACAGUCCUUAUGGAAGUCCACCAAAAUAUGGUCUGGAUAAGGCAUUAUCAGAUGUAAUGUCGUAUAAUAUUCCACCUAAAGGUUUUUUCCACUCAGAUUCUGCAAGUGGUUCAGUUCACUCUUUGUCAUCCGGAGGCUCAGACAGCAUGCAUGGCCACAUGAAAGCAGUUCAAAUGGAUGCUUUUAGGGUUAGUCUAUCUAGUGCUGUCAGCUCAUCAAGCCAAGGUUCAGGAAAUGAUGAUUGUGAUGCCUUGGGGGAUGUUUUUAUUUGGGGGGAAGGAACUGGCGAAGGUGUCCUCGGUGGUGGAACUCGUCGAGUUGGUAGUUCUUCUGAUUCCAAAAUGGAUUCUUUGCUGCCAAAAGCCUUAGAGUCUGUAGUUGUGCUUGAUGUCCAAAACAUUGCCUGUGGUAAUCGCCAUGCUGCCUUGGUGACCAAGCAAGGUGAAGUUUUCUCCUGGGGGGAGGAGUACAGAGGCAGGCUUGGGCAUGGAGGAGAUUCUGAUGCUCUUCAUCCAAAGCUUAUUGACGCCCUCAGUAAUUUAAACAUUGAGCUAGUAGCAUGUGGUGAAUAUCAUACGUGUGCUGUCACACUUUCUGGUGAUCUGUAUACAUGGGGUGAUGGAACCUAUACUUCUGGCCUUCUCGGGCAUGGAAAAGAAGUAAGCCACUGGGUUCCAAAACGAGUAACUGGGCCCUUACAGGGUUUACACGUAUCAUCUAUCUCUUGUGGACCUUGGCAUACAGCACUGGUGACAUCUGCUGGAAAAUUAUUUACUUUUGGUGAUGGUACAUUCGGAGUUCUGGGUCAUGGAAAUCGAGACAGCAUUUCAAUACCUAGAGAAGUGGAAUCUCUCAGAGGUCUACGAACUGUCAGAGCUGCUUGUGGUGUUUGGCAUACUGCUGCAGUUGUAGAAGUUAUAAUUGGAAAUCCAGGUUCGAAUAACAGCUCUUCAGGGAAACUGUUUACUUGGGGGGAUGGAGAUAAAGGUCGGCUUGGGCAUGGUGACAAAGAGGCAAAACUUGUGCCUACUUGUGUUGCUGCUCUUGUUGAACCGAACUUUUGUCAAGUUGCUUGUGGACAUAGUUUAACUGUAGCACUUACAAACACUGGCCAUGUCUACACUAUGGGAAGCCCUGUUUAUGGUCAGCUAGGGAAUCCUCAAGCUGAUGGAAAACUCCCGAUACGUGUUGAAGGAAAACUCUCAAAAAGCUUUGUGGAGGAGCUGGCUUGUGGUGCAUAUCAUGUUGCUGUUUUAACUUCUAGAACUGAGGUUUACACGUGGGGCAAGGGGGCGAAUGGUCGUUUAGGUCACGGCAGCACUGAUGAUAGAAAUACUCCGACAUUAGUUGAGGCUCUUAAGGAUAAGCAGGUUAAAAGCAUUGCUUGUGGCACCAAUUUUACUGCAGCUAUUUGCCUUCAUAAGUGGGUUUCAGGUGUUGAUCAAUCCAUGUGUUCUGGUUGCCGCCUACCCUUCAACUUUAAAAGGAAACGCCACAACUGUUAUAAUUGUGGUCUUGUGUUUUGUCACUCUUGCAGCAGUAAGAAGUCUCUCAAGGCUUCAAUGGCACCAAACCCCAACAAAGCUUAUCGGGUUUGUGAUAAUUGCUAUCAUAAGCUUAAAAAGUUUAUUGAAAUGGACGCUUCUUCCCAGUCUUCACUGAGCAGAAGAGGAAGCAUGAAUCAGGGAUCAACUGAACUUGUGAAUAAAAAUGAUAAGCUGGACUUGAAAUCUCGGGCUCAACUUUCUAGGCUUCAUUCUGUUGAAUCAUUCAAGCAGGUGGAAAGUCAGGCUUCAAAGAAAAACAAAAAACUAGAAUUUAGCAGCAGCAGGGUCUCUCCAAUUCCAAGUGGAGGCUCUCAGCGGAGAGCUCUUAAUAUCUCUAAAUCUUUUAACCCGGUCUUUGGAUCUUCAAAAAAGUUCUUUGCUGCAUCUCUUCCUGGAUCAAGAAUUGUUUCUCGAGCAACAUCACCAAUAUCUAGGCGUCCCAGCCCUCCACGUUCAACUACUCCCACUCCUACUCUUGGAGGACUUACCUCUCCAAGGAUUGCGGUGAAUGAUGCUAAAAGCACAAACAACAGACUUAGCCAGGAAGUUAUUAGAUUAAGGGCUCAGGUUGAAAACCUUACACGCAAAGCACAACUUCAAGAAGUUGAGCUAGAAAGAACAAGUAAGCAGUUAAAGGAAGCAAUAUCAAUAGCAAGUGAGGAGGCUGCAAGAUGCAAUGCAGCCAAAGAAGUGAUCAAGUCACUAACUGCGCAACUGAAGGAAAUGGCUGAAAGGCUGCCAGUUGGAGCUGCUCGUAACAUGAAAUCAACUCUUGCCUCUUUAAGCUCCGGCACAACCUUCAAUCAUUUGAUCAACACUUCUAUUGACCAAUUAAGUGCUCAAGCAACAUCCUUAGAGACCGAGUCUAAUUGUUCAAGUGUCCAGUUGUUUUCUAAUGGGUCGGGUACCCCGAAUAAACAGUCUUCAACUCAAAGCAAAUUGAGCCAAUUGGAUUCAGCAAAGAAUGGAAAUAGAAUCAAAGAAAGUGAAUCUCGCCAAGAAGCAGAAUGGGUAGAGCAAGAUGAGCCUGGUGUAUAUAUUACACUCACCUCACAACCUGGAGGUGCCAAGGAUCUUAAGCGAGUUCGUUUCAGUCGAAAGCGAUUUACAGAGAAGCAAGCAGAGCAAUGGUGGGCAGAGAAUCGUGCACGAGUUUACGAACGAUAUAAUGUACGUGUGAUGGACAAGUCUAGUAUUGGUAUUGGAAAUGAAGAGUUGACUCAUUGAUUUGUGCAAACAGCGAGACACCCAAUCAUUUGCAACUAUGAUGAUGAUAGGUUUAAAGAAAGGGAAAACAUUUGGUACAAUUAGAUGAAAAAUUAGAUGGAUUUGAUGAUUUGUUUUCGAAUGUCGAUUUCUUCUUUCUUUCAGGUUUAGUGUUUUUCUUAUUUGGUUUUCUUUUCUCUUUCUUUUCCAUUCUUCCUGUGUAUGAUUGUGUGGGUGGGGGUUAUGAGAAAUGUAAAUACUACUACUUGCUGUCUAUUGAUGAAAUGAGCUUCAAUAUAAAUUCCAUAAACAUCUUGCCCCUCUU